CGAGCUCCCCACCCCCACGUCUGCAGUUCUUCAGUAGCGUCAACACCGACGACCUGUAGUAUCGAUACUCGCACAAUGGAUAACAUUCACGCGCCUACUGUUUCUUCGGGGCCAACUUCUGGAGGCUAUACAAAUGGCGUGCCAAAGGAGCAGCUCUCACUGCAAGAGCUCAUCGCGGAGAAGGAUAGAGUGGAGGCAGAGCUGAAAGCCCUGGGCCAGGUACUGGAUUCACACGGAGUCAACAUGAAUACUGGCCUCACCACUUUUGACGGCUUUCCACGCAGCGACAUCGAUGUCCCACAAAUACGAACAACUCGAGCGCGCAUAAUACGGUUAAAGAACGACUACAAAGACCUCAUGUCGCGCAUCGAGAAGGGUCUCCAUGAGCACCACGCACGGAUGGCAGAGCGGUCGCAAAACAACUCGGUUGCUGCGGAACAGGCUCAAGCAGGGCAGAACGCGGUGCCAGCAGCUCUAGAAGCACCUUUUGCAAAGGUCAACAGUGUGGUGGCUGGCAGUCCGGCAGACGAGGCAGGCCUCAAAGUGGGCGACAGUAUAACCAAAUUUGGCUGGGUGGACUGGACAAACCACGAGCGCCUGGGACGUGUGGCCGAGGCAGUCUCACAGAACGAAGGGAUACCAAUCACAGUCAAAGCCUUGCGGCCCAGCAGCUCUGGUGGUCCGUCAGAGACCGUACAGAUGCAGCUUACGCCGCGUAGCAACUGGGGCGGACGAGGCUUGUUGGGCUGCCACCUCCUGCCUUUGUAAACAACAUCUUCGAAGGGGACCAUAUCGCGUACUCAGAGCCACCGACAAUACCGAGAACCUCAGAAUGACGUAGGCCCAGCACGGCCUGACAAAGCAUUGUGGUGGUUGGGUUGGUGGCUCAAGGGCGGAUCUGAUGGGAGACAACAGCGCUUGCUGCGUGGCGCAUUGGGCGUGGAACAAUAGCAUAAGCAUGAUACCCGGCGUACGAUUUGCUGCAUUUUAGAAUUGAGA